ACUAGAGCAUAUGAACAAAGCCUGCUUCCAAAGCUAGCUUCCAUCUGGCAAUCCCAUUAACACCUGGGCACAGCUCUUCCCUGGAGCUUUGUGCAGAGAGCAUCUCCUCUCUAGGACUAUACAAGGACUGAACAAGAAGGAGAAGGACAGAGCAGAGCCAUGAACAUUGUCCUGGAAAUCCUGCUUCUGAUGACCAUCAUCUAAUCCUACUUGGAGUCGUUGGUGAAGUUUUUCAUUCCUCGGAGGAGAAAAUCUGUGGCUGAGGAGAUUGUUCUCAUUACCGGAGCUGGGCAUGGAAUAGGCAGGCAGACUGCCUAUGAGAUUGCUAAACGACAGAGCAGACUGGUUCUUUGGUAUAUUAAUAAGCAUGGUGUGGAGGAAACCGCAGCUGGGUGCAGAAAACUAGGUGUCGCUGCGCAUGCGUAUGUGGUAGACUACGGCAACAGAGAAGAGAUCUGUAGCUCUGUAAAUCACGUGAAGAAAGAAGUGGGUGAUGUAAUAAUCGUGGUGAAUAAUGCUGGAACAGUAUAUCCAGCUGAUCUUCUCAGUACCAAGGAUGAAGAGAUUACCAAGACAUUUGAGGUCAACAUCCUAGGACAUUUUUGGAUCACAAAAGCACUUCUUCCAUCGAUGAUGGAGAGAAAUCAUGGCCACAUCGUCACAGUGGCUUCAGUAUGCGGCCACAAAGUGAUUCCUUAUCUCAUCCCAUAUUGUUCCAGCAAAUUUGCUGCUGUUGGCUUUCACAGAGGUCUGGAAUCAGAACUGAAAACUGGUAUCAAAAUCACAUGUCUCUGCCCAGUUUUUGUGAAUACUGGGUUCACCAAAAAUCCAAGCACAAGAUUAUAGCCUGUGUUGGAAACAGAUGAAGUUGCAAAAAGUCUGAUAGAUGGAAUACUUACCAAUAAGAAAAUGAUUUUUGUUCCAUCAUAUCUCAAUAUCUUUCUGAUGCUACAGAAGUUCCUUCCUGAACGUUUCUUAGCGAUUGUAAAUCGUAUGCAGAAUAUUCAAUUUAAAGGAGUGAUUGGCCACAAAGUCAAAAUGAAAUGAGUAAAUAAGCUCCAGCCAGAGAUGUAUGGGUGAUAAUGAUACGAAUCUAAGUUUAGAAUCAAUGCUUCAAAGCUUUAGUUUACAUUUUUUUUCCAGUCCUGUUAAUAUUUAAAACAUUGGUUUGGCACUAGCACCAGUCAAAUGAGCCAGACUAAUUACCUGUUUCUCUGUUUCUCAAGAAUAUUAACAUACUUUUUAAUAGUUAGGUCUGUUUUUCCUUUCAUGCUUCUUAAAAACUUCUAUGCUUACAUAAACAUACUUAAAAGCUUUUCUUUACGAUGUUUUAUUUUAUUUUUCCAUUCAAAGGUGAAGAGAAGCUACCUCCCUAAAAGUAACUACAAAGAUAACUUGUUUACACAGGGAAGGUUUAAGACUGUUCUCCAAGUAGCAUUCCGAGCUGUAGCCACGCCACAGAAUGUCAACAAGAACACAGAGUGAGUGACAGAUAAGAGAUCAAGCUUCAGCAGGCAGCUUUAUCUCAACCUGGGCAGACAGCUUACUUCUUUAAAAUUCAGCAUUUGAAAGACUUCCCUAGUCUCUUCCUUUUUCAUCAACCCAAAACGAUGCAACUCUCUUCUGGACUUUGUUACUGAUUCUAUCUUCUGUAUAACUCGUAAGUCCACCAAAAGUUGACCCCUAUAUUUCCUCCAUUUUUAUAAUCUUGUAAGAUACAUGACAAAAGGUGACCAACUCUAUUUAAAUCCCAGAAUUUUAAGUUCUAACCCCAUCAUAACCUCUUUUUUUGUAGUUUAUGCUCUCAUAUAUCCUUGGUCCCAGAGAUAUUUAGACAAUUUUAGGUUCAAAAAUUAAAGCUAACACAGGAAAAUGAACUGUACUAGAUAUUACAUAACAAACAAUGGAUCCAAGAGAAGGAAGGGAAGAAAGAUUUUUUUUAAUAGAAAGAAUAAUCUGACUCCCACUACAUCAAGACUAAUUUUGUUGUGUAUGUUCUUCAUAUGUAUUAUAGAAUGCUUUUGCAUU